AUAUGAGUAAAUAUGUUUUGCAAAAGAUUUUUAUUGUAUGGGUUUAAGAGUGCUGUUAUUGUAUGUAGUAAGGUCUAUUUUUUAGAAUGAUGUUUAUGGUUGCUCAAAAAUCCGUUCCCUUCCAAAAUUUACUGGAAUUAUGAAAAGCCUAUCAGAACUCUAUAUGGAUGUGACUGCUAUUAAGAAACUAGCACCCUCAUCGAUCAAGUAUUUGACUGCUCUUACUUUAUUUGAUCUAAGUUACUGUGGAAAUCUCAAAUUUCUUCCAUGCAACAUGGAUAAUUUGAGGUCUCUUGAAAAACUCAUUAUUUCCGGAUGCUUAAGACUAAAACUGUUGCCAAGGCUUCCAUCAACUAUAAGAUAUAUAGAUGCUCGAUAUUGUUAUUCUCUAGAGCCAUCACCAGCACUAGUCAAACUUAGUAGCUUGUUACAACCUUACUCCCAGUGGUUUCCAUACAAUGAGAGCAGUGGUGGAGUGGCAUUUACAAUAUUAUACCGUUUCCUACAGGUAAUCUCUACUAUCUCUCUUGAAUUGUUAAAUUACAGUUAACUACAACCAUAGUUGUGUUUUGGGUACAGGGACUCCUUUGUCAAAAAACUGUUAAUGAAACUUCUACCAAAAGGAAAGAGGAUGAGGGUGAAUCUAUAACUGAAUUUCAAAUAAUUAUUCACGGAUUUGACAUUCCGUCUUGGUUAACUCAUCAAAGUGUGGGGAAUUCAAUAAGCAUAGAGCUGCCUUCAAAUUGGUGUAAUUGUAAAUGGAUGGGAUUUGCCAUCUGUGCAUCAGCAUCAGCAUCAGCAUCAGCUAGUAAACCGAUAAGAAUUGGCAUUAGAGCUCGUGUGAUAGCCCUUGGUGAUACGCCUCAGAAUAACUAUGUCUCUAAACUUUUGUUUGGGAUGAUGCCUUGUGAGGACAACAUUUGGCUACUGUAUUUGUCUCGUGAUAAUUGGUUUGCUACUGUUGGGAAUGGUGAAUGCAGUCAAAUUAAGGUAAUAUUUGAGACCGAUGACUCUGCCCUUCAUGUAUGGGAAUGUGGGGUCAAUUUGUUAUACGAGCAAGAUGUAGACGAGUUCAACCAAACCAAUGCACAAUGUUUGAUUGAGAAGUUGAGAAGGGAUUAACCUCUUAAUUCACUGUGGGUGAUGAUGAUGAUGAUUGUCAUGAUUGCAGAAGAUGGCGCUCAUGUUCUGUUUGUACUUUGACUAUCUUUUUUUCAUAGGAUGAAUUUCAAUAGAGGCUUUGGCAAUUAGAUAUGUACAUGCAUUUCAAUCAGCAUGACUAUGUUAUAUUGAAUGUGUACUUGGUUUGGGUAUAAUUAUUUAAAAGCUUGUUCAAGUGGUAUAUCUAUGCAUCUUGUUUCAAAAUGAAACUGGAGUUUAAAAUCUUUUUUUUUAAGGGGAUAUAGGUCUUGACAGAUAAUGAGUUAUAUGGCUUUAGUAAUAAUAUUUCUCAUUGGAUGGCACACAAGCAAUACUUUAAGGUAAUUUAGUCACAUUUUGCUCUUCUAUGUGGAUUUGAGUUAAUGUCUAUGAGACAGUGAGCUUUGAAUUUUUGAAGCAGAACUUUGAAGGUUAUAAUUUUCUAUCAAUCUAGCUAUAUUAUCAAAUAAGAAUUAAUUUUAAUAUUCAAGAGGACCUGUUAGUAGAUAUGCUCUAGGAAGCAUGAGCAUGGACACUUCAUUUGGGCUACUGUGUUCGUGUCUGACAUGUAUUGGGCCCUGGACACCUCUAGGACACGCGGAUACUUAUGGGACAUAGUUGUAGAACCUGUUUUGCCCCUUCUUCUGUUUUUUAGGUGGUGUAAGGUUUUAAAAGCAACAAGGAUAUUGUUUGUGAUGAGGUGGUUGGACAUGAAGGCACUUUGGGAUUCAGUCACUAAUUUGGGAAGGCAUUUCUUUAGGCGGUUUGCUAUGGUUUUGGAGAUGAGUUUGUAAAUAACAUUGCAAAGGCUAAUAGGGUGGAAAUCUUUGGCUUUUUCCAGAGAUUUUAUUUUUGGUAUAAGGCAAAGGUAGGUGUUGUUAAUGUUGGGGGGCAUAAUACCCGAGUUUAGGACAGAGAGAGUUGCAGCAAUGACAUCGUGGCCAGCGGUAUCCCAAUAGUGUUCAAAGAAAAGAGGGGCAUGCCGUCAGGUCUGGGUGUUGUAAUGGAUUUCAUCUGUUUCUGGGCUAGCUCUACCUCCACAGCAGUGUAUUCUUUAGUCAACUCCAAAUUCAUCCCUGGUGUUACUUUCCUCUCUAUCCCCUGUAGAAUGACAUCAAAGAGCUUGCAAGUUCAGUUGAUGAAAUGAAAAGAAUAUUUAAUUGCGUGGAUCAUUAUGAAGCACUGGGAUUCCCUUGCCACAAGACAAUAGAUGCAAAGAUUUUGAGUCAGGAAUACCGGAAGAAGGCUAUGCUUGUGCAUCCUGACAACAAUAUGGGAUGUUCACAGGCAAGCGAAUCCUUUAAGAAACUCCAAUGUGCAUAUGAGGGUAAUCAGGACUAUCACUCUGAAGAGUUGAGACGUAUACAGUGCACCAAGUGUGGCCUUUCACAUAUACGGGUAUGCACCAGUAGGAGCAAGGCUAAGGCAAGAUGGUGUCAGGAUUGCUGUCAGUAUCAUCAAGCCAAGGAUGGAGAAUUGGAGAUGGAUGGGUUGAAUACGGAGGCUCGCUGGUAUUUGAAUGUCCUCAAAAGGUGGAAAUACCACGUGCUUUUGUCUGUGCUGAGAGCAAAAUCUUUGAUGUAUCAGAAUGGGCUAUCUGUCAGGGAAUGGCUUGUAGGCCCAACACUCAUCAGCCCAGCUUCCAUGUAAACAUGGAUGGCCUGGAGAAAACUCAACGAUCCAAGUCAUGCAGAUUCCCAUGGGAUUUGGAUACUGAAAUGAUGGAUGAAGAUGAAGAAGCAUUUGAGUCGUGGCUUCAGCAGGCUCUGGCUUCUGGACUCUUUUGUGAAUGCUCCAAACGCAGAAAGAGCUGGAGUCCGUUCAACUUGCAUUAUAUGAAAGGAAAGGAGAAGCAAUGGCACCGAAGAACGUCAUGCUGAAUUGUAAAGGGUAAAAGUUUUGUUUGCCCAUCACAAGGGGAUUGCUCUGAUCAAGGGUAAAAGUGAUGGAGUUUGUACAUGCGAAUCCUAGUAAUUCCAUCACUUUUGGUGGGCUUGGAAGGCUUAUAAUGGGUGACAUUGCUUUUCACAAUUGCAAAGAAUGUAGAUUGAUUAGAAACUUUUUUCUAUCCAUCUGAUUCUGAAAAAUAACGAAGUUUUUAGAGCUUUA